CGGCUCUUGCCACGCGUCUGUGCACGUCAAUUUAUUGCUAUAGAAUAUUUCGAAACGGCCAAUCCUUAAUCAAGGAUUAUUCACUUAUUAAAUAUUGGAAUGUUCAUUGGUGUAUCCAGGGAUUGACGUGUUAAAAUGAAAGUUUAGUUGGGAUUUUUUUAGUUAUAAAAUGUUUAGAUAGGGGUUUGACACAUACGCCACGUGCUUGCGCGCAAAGCCGCGAGACGAAUGACAGCCUUGCAUGCAAAUCAUAAAUGACAUUUACAAUUACGAAUAAAUUGUGAAACGUGUCCUGCAAAGGUGGCACUCCGUGAUACACGUAGACGUGACAUAACCUCCGUCAAUUAUCGCGGAAAAUAUUUCACAAUAUUUUACGUGUUUAACGAUGUAAAGUGUUCCUAAGAAUUUUUUAUAAUACGCAAUAAUUAACGAGCACUGUGCAGCAAAGGUGUCACACACACACACACACACGCACGAUGAAUUUGAAUAAAACAGAAAAAUUGUUAGCUGCUAAGAAAAAGCUAAAAGAAUUUCAACUUCAAAAAAGAUUGCAAGCACAAGAGGCCUUGAAUAAACAACAAAAUAUAGAUGCAAAAGAUGAAUCCGUAUCUCAGUGCCAAAAGAGUAGUCAAGAGGUAGAAGUGAAUAAAUCAUGUGAUCAAAAUAAUCAGAAUGAGACAAAACACAUAGAGGACAUAAGUCAAAGUGAAGAACAUUUGAAUAAUGUGCAUAACAAAGAAACUUUGUCAAAUCAUGCUAAUGUCACCAAUAAUUUAAUAGAUUUUUCUGAAUCUACAAUAACAAGUGAAAUAACAGAAAAGGAAUCUCCUGUUCCUCAGAACUGUAUAGACCAUACCGGAGUAUAUGAUAGUAGAAACAAAGAUACUGUGCAUUCACAUUCUCAAACAAAUUUGCAGUCUGUAGAAAAUGAUGGAAGAUAUAAUUUAAAUAUGAUUCCGUCUGAUAGAUCACCAACAGUGCAAAAAGAACAUUCACAGGAAAUGGGUCCAGAAGCUGCUAAUUUAGUUGCUGAUGCUACAGAUCAUAGUGAGGUCACUUCAUAUAAUCGUGAUGUGAAGGAUCUGAAUCAAUUUUUAAGCACAUGUUUAGAAGAACAGAAACAGCUUGUAACUGAUUUGCACAUUCAAGCCAGUCGUUAUCAUAGCAGAGUGAUAGAAUUAGAAAGCAUUCUUGCCACAAAAGAUUCUGAGUUUGAGGCUAAACUCAUUCGUGAAGUAAAUCCCUUGAAGGAGCAAUUGCAAUUUCAUACACAAACCACCAGUAUUUUGAUAGCAGAAAAGGCAGAUCUCACAACAGCCUUGGAACAGAGUCAGAAAAUUGUAAAACAGUAUUCAGAGGAGCUAGAAGAGAUAAACAGGAAAUUGAAACACAGUCAACUUCGGAUUAACGAACUUGAAAAGGAAUUAAGUCAAACAAUGAGUAAUUCUACCGACACUCAGAAAAAUGCCUAUCAAAUACAACAAGUCUACGAUGAACUUGAGAAAAAAUAUUAUGAACUCAGGAAAGAAAAGGAAGAUCUUGAAUUAGAAACGUCAGAAUUGAAACAAAAGCUAAAUUUAAAAAAUACCGAAUUUAUUAAUCUGCAACAAGAAUUUCAAGAGAAAGCAGCGUUACUUUCUUUAAACGAAUUGAGAUUACAGCAGUUAACUGACACAUCGCAAACGUUAGAGUCUCAAAGCCAAACUGUCACAACAUUGGAACAACAACUGGUUCAACUAAAAGAAACUUUAAAAUUAGUGAGUAAUGAGAAAGAUGAAGCAAGUAAACAGUAUCAGAAUUACGUGCGACAAUUGGAUAUGCAGCAAGCAAAUCUGCGUGAUGAGCUCGAAAAUGGGAAAAAAUUAAUCAAUGAUUUAGAAAGCAGAGAGAAAAGUUACAUACAACGUUUAUCCGAUAUGGAACAACAAUUACAGCGUGAAAAAGAAAAAACUGAAUUUUUAGUACCGGUACAAGAUCAUGAUGACAAAGUAAAUAGUUUAAUGAAGAAUAUCGAAGAAUUAACUAUACAGCAAGAAAAGUUUCAUAUCGCAUUAUCUGAAAAGGAUGCGGAAAUUGAAAUGUUAACGAAAGAAUUGCAAGAAUUACGAGAUACAAAAGACGAUACAACAAAUACAGAUGCAGCAAAAUUAGUGCAAGCUCUUGAAGGCGAAAAACUUGGUGCAUCUAGAGCUGUUUCACAAAAUCAACAAUUGAAGCAACAGUUAACGGAAAUGGAAAAUGCUUUUGUUACACUUAGUAAUGCAAAGUUAGAUUUGACAGAACAACUUCAAGCUGAGCGAAAUAUUGGCAGAAAAUUGAAUGCGAAAUUAAAUAUUGUUGAGACAGAAGUAGAUAAUUUGAAAGAAAAAUUGAGGGAAAAGGAAACAUCCUUAAUGGAAUUAGAAAAGGAAAAAUUGCAAAAUGCCCAAAUUGCAGAUCAAAUACAGCAUUAUCAAGCUCAAUCUCGUCAAGCCUGUACAUUGCAACAAGAACUACAAAAUGCUUUGAUACUCAUAGAGAACUUAAAAAAAGAAAACGAAAAACUUGCAAAACAAUUAGAGACUAAAACAAAAGAACAAACAUAUCUGUCUGAAGAAUCUGAAAAUGUUAAUAAAAAUGAGCCUAUAAUGAAGAGUGAUCAAAGUUCAGACAAUAUAGCACCAACGCAAAGUUUGCCACUGCCUGAAAAUAACACUACUUUAGCUGAUUCUGAGCCUAUUAAAAAAUUAGAAAAAAGAUUUACAGAAACAAUGGAAAAGGUCGCUGAAUUAACUGACGAAAAACAGAAAUUAGAACAUCUUGUUCUCCAAUUACAAGGUGAAACAGAAACUAUAGGAGAAUAUAUUACUUUAUACCAAAAACAACGCGCUAUUCUAAAGGAGAGAUGGAAAGAAAGACAACAAACCUUCCGGCAAUUAGUAGAGCAACGUAAUCAACAACAAGAACAGUUACAUAAAUUAAAAAUGUUGGUUACUGAAUUGCUGAAAAAACAUCCUGAAACAUUACUAAGUUCUACAGAAAACUGUAUAGCUGCUUGUCAUACAGAAGUGAACGCUGAAAUUGUUGCAUCCUCCAAUAGUGAGCAAGAGAGUGAAAAACUACCAUUGAUUGAAGAUAAAACGACAUCAGAGAUUCUUGAUCUUCUCACGGAAAUCAAAGACUGUAAAGACGUGUGUACUGAAUCUAACUUUCAUCCUUGUCCAUGGUGCUCCGGAAAAUUAAUUACAGUAUAAUAUCCAUAAAUAAAUUAAAAACCUUUUAUUAUAUUAAACUAUAUCUAUGCAAUAUUCGUUAGUUAUUUAUAGACUGUAAUACUUGUACAUAUAAAAAAGUUUAUUUUUUUUUUUUUUUUUUUUAUCUUGUAUGAUAUCACUCUCCCAGAAACAUAUAAACAGACAAAAACUUUUUUUGUCCAAGUUUAACUUACUUUAUAAAUAUAUACAGUGCCUUGAAUAGUUUUGCAGAGAUAUAG